AUGGCAUCUGUUAAAAUUUCGGCCGAUGCGCGAAGAGGUGACGAUGAGAAAUCUCGCACAGUUGCAAAGAUUAUCUUGAAAGCCACGUCAACGCAGCACCAAACCUUGGCAGAUGCUCUAAAUUUGAUGUCGGAUUCUCAAGAAGGAGGCACACUUCCUGAAGAUCCAGCUUUAGCCAAACCAUUAUUCCUUGAUGCCGAAAUUCCUUCUAGUUUUACCUCUGAAGUUUUCUCGUUAGACUCUCGCAGAACCAGACGUCAACUGGAGUCUGUCGAAGCA